CUCCGCUCACACCCAAACUGGAAGGAACCUGUUCAGUCUGGGACCAGCGACGCGCGGGACCAGCCCAAACGCGCGCCUCCCCUGCCCCCCGCACCCCCCCAAGCCUUCUCACUGGCUCCCCAAAUCCUCAGGGCGCGGGCGGACCCGGGAGCUGCACUCGGAGAGGGGGUGCAGGGGCGCACUCGGUCGCCCCGGGCUCGAUCGCGCUCCCGCUCGCACUGCAGCUAAGUGCCGGGGUCCGAUCGGGCCGGGAUCACCCGGGCACGCGCGGAUGAGGGGAUGAGGGCGUCGGGCCGAGGACCCCAGAGGCGUCGGCGGGGAUGGGCGACCCGCGGUGGCAGCGCGGUUACCUUCCGUGACCCCCAGCCUCGGCAGCCGGCAGGCGGAGCGCGUGCCUUGCGCGGCCCCGAUCCACGUGGGCCCGCGCGCGCGCACCAGGCCGGUCCCCUCCUUGCAGGAGCUCGGCGCUCCCAGCACAUGGUCGGCGGCGCGCCCCCGAGGCCGGCGGAGACCGGCUGCAGCCGGUCAAGAAUGACCCAAAAGAACUCAAAGCUUUGCUCCAGAGCCAAUGUGUAUACCCAAGUGCCUGAUGGAGGAUGGGGCUGGGCCGUAGCUGUUUCCUUUUUCUUUGUUGAGGUCUUUACCUAUGGCAUCAUUAAGUCAUUUGGUGUCUUCUUUAACGACUUAAUGGACAGUUUUGAUGAGUCCAACAGCAAGAUCUCAUGGAUAAUAUCGAUAUGUGUAUUUGUAUUAACAUUUACAGCUCCACUCUCCACAGUCCUGAGCAACCGCUUCGGACAUCGGCUGGUGGUGAUGGCAGGCGGGUUGCUUAUCAGCCUGGGGAUGAUCGCUGCCUCCUUCUCCCAAAGGGUCUACCACAUGUACAUCUCCAUAGGGGUCAUCUCGGGUUUGGGGUACUGCUUUAGUUUCCUCCCAACUGUGACCAUUCUGUCACAGUACUUUGACAAAAGGCGUUCGAUUGUCACUGCGGUUGCUUCUACGGGAGAGUGCUUCGCUGUGUUUGCUUUUGCACCAGCUAUCACAGCUCUGAAGGAGCAUAUUGGCUGGAGAUACAGCCUCCUCUUCGUGGGCCUUCUGCAGCUGAACAUCAUGGUUUGUGGCGCCUUGCUAAGACCAAUUAUUAUCAAAGGGCCAGAGUCACCGAAAGCAGUCGCUCUGGAGCCCCGCAGAGAAGUUCAGUAUAUGCUUGAAAACGAGAAAACACGGACCUCCAUAGACUCCAUCGACUCAGGAGUAGAACUAACUACCUCACCAAAAAAUGUGCCUAGCGAAGCUAAGACAGAGCAGGAAGCCAGGGCUGAACAGCAGCAGACCCUGGUGGCUGGCCCCAAGCACAGCCGGAAGAAAGCUCCACUGUUGGACUUCUCUGUCUUGAAAGAGAAAAGUUUCAUCUGUUACGCGUUGUUCGGCCUCUUUGCCACCCUGGGCUUCUUUGCACCUUCCCUGUACAUCAUUCCUUUGGGUAUCAGUCUAGGCAUUGACCCCGACCGAGCUGCAUUUUUACUGUCUACAAUGGCCAUUGCAGAAGUGUUCGGAAGGAUCGGGGCUGGGUUUGUCCUCAACAGGGAGCCCAUUCGCAAGAUCUACAUCGAACUCAUAUGUGUCAUCUUACUGACAGUGUCUCUGUUUGCCUUCACUUUUGCUACCGAAUUCUGGGGCCUCAUGUUGUGUAGCGUGUUUUUUGGCAGUAUGGUUGGGACCAUAGGAGGGACCCACAUCCCGAUGUUGGCUGAGGAUGACGUCGUUGGGAUCGAGAAGAUGUCAUCUGCAGCUGGGGUCUAUGUCUUCAUUCAGAGCAUUUCGGGGCUUGCAGGGCCGCCCCUGGCAGGCCUGCUAGUUGACCAGAGCAAGAUGUACAGCAGGGCCUUCUACUCCUGCGCGGCAGGCAUGUCCCUGGCUGCUGUGUGCCUCGCCCUGGUAAGACCCUGCAAAAAGGGCCUGUGCCAGAAUUCCCAUUCAGGUGAAAACCAGACAGACAGGCAUCAUGGAAAGGCGUUACAGGACAUACCUGAAGACUUUCUGGAAAUGGAUCUUGGGAAAUGCGAACACAGGGCUCAUAUGAAAAUGGAUCCUGUGUGACACAUAUUCAUGUCGUAGCUUCUAUGUCACCUGGGAACGGAGUCUCUGGGGAUAUAGGGAGGGGUAGGCGCUAACCACUAGACCCCACCUUCAAAACUGCAUGAAGGGAAUGCCUGUCAGACGGCAGGACCAGCAGCUGUCUCUUCCCCUCCAGUCCCUUUUGCUUCUUUAAGCCAAAACCAAAACAACCAAACACUUUCAUAUAGGAAUCCAGCCCUAUUCCACAGCAAUACAAAGAUAAGUGGAAGGACGGGGGACAUCCGACACGAAAGCAAAAGCGGUGCCGCGAACCGACAGACUGCUGUUAAGAGCGCUCACUCCUGUGAUAAACUACUAUCUUAUAAAGUGACAUCCAGCCUGAGUCACAGAAAUGAAUUGGCCAUUCCAAAACGACAAAAACAAAAACCAAAACAAAAAACACAGUCUUGAACUAUUAAAGACAUUGCUAAUUUUCAGAAAUACAAGUGAAUUAUUUUUUAAUUGAUUUGAAAACAAUUACUAAAGUUUACAUUGAUGAAUUGUGGCUUCUGGAUUUUCCAAAUACCGCAUGAAAAGGAAGCAAUGCUUUAAAGCCAAGCAUUUGAUUAAUAUGCAAAAAAUUAAACACAUAUAACAACUUGAACUUCAUGAACAUGAAGACUAUUGCCAUUUUUUCAUGGCCAGUCAUCACCACAAGUAUUUCAAUAGAAAUAUCAAAUUGCAUUCAUGUUCCUAUUUUUCAUAAUGCAAGAAAUAAAUGACUGUUGUGUCUUUAAUUUAAACCACUAUUUAUUAUUAAGUUAUUCUAGGAUGAUUAAAACUAUCAAAAGAAAGGGCCAGCCAGAUGGCUCGGUAUGUAAAGGUGCUUGCCACCAAAUCUAAUGACCUGAGUUCAAUUCCUAGGACCCACACAGUAGGAGAGAACCAACUUCUGUGAGUUGUCCUCUGACCUCCACACACAUGCUAUUAUGACGUGCUAUGACAUGCAUGCACCCACACACAUACACACACAAAAUUUAAAUGUAAAAAAAAAAACUAACAAAAUAAAUAAAAAGUGAUUUGAGAUAUGCACAACAUAUUUUUACCUCUGUUCCGCAGCUCUUUAAAUGCUUCAGAGAACUUUUCUGGUCUCACAAUAUCAGUUUUCCACAGCCUACGUUGUAACAAUUCUUCAGGCGUUGUGAAAGGCAAUGUGCUAUUUAAAGGGGAGGGGGAAGACAGACGGCAAAUCGCCUCAGCUUUUACAUAUAUCAGCUAAGAAUACUUGAGGAUCUUCUUCGAUCAGAAUUAUAUUUCAUUGAAUUGUUGGAACAUUUCCAGUGGGUUUUUUUGUUGUUGUUGUUGUUCUUCUUCUUCUUCUUCUUAUUCAAUCUGUAACUGUUGUUGAAGCCUUUCUUCAUUUCAUCUGAAAUGGGAGAAACGCAGACGUCACCAUCACUGAGUUACUGAGUUACGAGUUGCAGAUGUCCAUCUUCCGUAGAACUUGAUUGCCCUAAGUUGCCAUGGGUACGGGUGUACCUGGUCACUGCUGCUGACGAGUUACACUACAUGUGUGUAUGGUGUUCUGCAUUCUAGCAGAUCUCUGUAAAGGGGGCAGUGUGAGGGUGAGGGAACUGCUUCCUCACCUGUGUGAAGGUAUUCCCCGACAGGGUGGCCAAUGCUUGCUGCUCAACCUUUCUUUCCUCGUCUUUACCAUUAAGGAUAACUCAGGGGGAACGUAGAACAAGCCUAGUCUGGUUACAGGUACACACAAGCUUGAAUCUUUUCUCUGCACUGAGACGAAGUGGGUGUGGUUUGUCACCACCUGCCACAUUUAAUACAGCAUCUUAUCAGCCAUAGAAAUAGGACAAUCUGUAAAACUUUGGGGAGGGUGAGUGACUGGAAGACAAUGUGUCUGUCCGGAAAAGCAGACACACCUGAAACGGGAUGGAUGUAGCCAAGCUCGGUGGGGCUGCCCUCGAGAAAGGCUUUAGGCUCGUGGCCAGGUUUGCAGAUGUAUGUGACUUCAGCACUUUACAAGCUAUUUUGUACUACGAAUGUUCGAGACAAUUUAAUAUUUAUAACUGAUUUCUGAGGGAUCUACUCUUUAAGUUCAAUCUGUAUACUGCAUGAGACAGGAAUAUGUAUGCCAAUUUCAGUAUGUGAACAAUCGGGGGUGCGAAUGUUGGGAAGGAAAAAAGAAAAAACCCACCACAGGAUCACUGAUCUGUUCUGUAUGAGUGACAUUCUGGUACUUCUGGAUUUACAAUAAAUGUAUGGCUUUUUAUUUAAA